AUGGGAGCAGACGGGUACCCAGGCGCGUUGUGGGCGUGUGCGUGCGGCACAACCGACGACCACCCGUGGAGGACCUGGUGCCGAGGCUGUGGCAAGGCGGCCCCCAGGACGUCAUCGGUGGUUACGUACCAGUGGCAACAGAACAAACGCAAGCGGACGCCGAAUCAGCAGGGCAAGCAGCAGGGCCAGCGGCAGACACAAUGGUGGACGCAGCCGAGGGCCCAGGGCUGGUGGACGCAGCCAGGGGAGUGGCCAGCGCUGGCGGCAGCCCCGAGGCCAAGGGCAGCGGCCCAGGCGCCGGCAGCGAACCACGUCGAGGACCUGGCGCGGCUCUGCGAGAAGCUCCACAAGGAAGGCGUGGUGGACCAGGAGGUGUUGGCAGCCGUGCAGGGAGCCAAGGCCAAGGCGGCCCAGGCAGCUGAGGCGGCCAAGCCAGACAAGGGCUUGGAUGACCAGCUGCGUGCGGUGCAGUGCAAGAUCACGCACAAGGAGCGCACGGUGGCCAGAGCUGCCGAGCACGUGGAAGAGACGCGCAAGGAGCUGGCCGACGCCCAGGCCAACUUCAAGGCGGCAGAGCAGGCGGCACAGGAGCGGGCCGACGAGCUGCGCGCCCUCACCGAGAAGCGGGUGGUGCUGCUGCAGCAGAUGUCGGCCAAGGCGUCGGAGAUCACCGACAGGGCGAAGGAGGAUUCUGAGUUCAUGCAGGCGUACAAUGAGCUCAAAGAUGCCCAGUGGAAGGCCCGCGAGAGCGAGCGGGCCCUGCGGGAGAAGUACAAGGACCACUUCGCCAGCGUCCCAGCGCCAGGGGGCCCACUAGCGGAGCCUGAGGCCACGGACCCGAUGGACCUCGAUGCCGAAGCGCAGGAGAAGUUCUUCGAGGACUGGUGCAAGGGCGUCGGCAUCGACAAGGACGUCAUGGCGCAGAACAUGGGCGACAACCUUUCUGUGGCUGAUCGUGUGCGUAAGCUCUGCGAGCGCUACCUGUGGGUCAUCCUAGAACGCAAGUCCCAGCCCCCAGGGGCACCCGCGAGGCGCAAACGAAGACGAGGCAAGCUUUCGAAGGGGAUUGAGAUCUACACCGCCAACUGCAACACGUGGGCCAAGGGCAUCGCGUUCGUUGACGAGUACAUCACCAAGCCGAGCUGCAUCCUGGGCGAGGAGCACAGGCUGGACGACAAAUGGAAGGAGGAGGUGCAGGCAGCGACCUGCAAGCGAGCAUGGGCGAUUGCGAUGGCGCCCAGUGCGACGGGAGCUCGUGGGGGCCGCAGCGCUGGGACUUACAUCGCGGUGCCCAAGUCCAUCGGCCUCACCUACGCAUACGGCCAGCAGGAGCGGGUCUGCUCACCCACAGGCACGCGAGGGCGCAUAUGUGCGGCCCGAUGCCCGUUGUGGGGUACAGGAGGCGUGCUGCUGGUCUCGGCAUACAUGUGGACAGGCGAAGGGCUGUCUGAACGCAGCCUGCAGAUCCUGGACCGCAUUGGCGAGCUCAUAGAGAUGCACGCCGUCCCCUGGAUUCUUGGCAUGGCCGUGCAGAUGGAUACCCGCACCUUGCACGAGUCGGGCUGGCUCCAAGCAGAGAGGGUGGGGGACAGUGAGGUCACCCCGCACUGGCCAGUGCAGAUGCGCUGCCUGAAGCAGCCCAGGGAGGCCAAGGUGCUGCGCUUCAUCAAGCCUGGCCGUCGUGGCCGAUCAACCACGCGGGCAGACUUGACCAUGGGGGACCUGGACAACUACUGGCGCCAGGUCUCGCGCACGGCAGAGGAGGAGCUCAUGGGCAUAUGCCAGAUCCCAGAGGAGGAGCGCCCGCGGUACCGCGGCCGAGGCGAUGCGCCGAAGACAGUGCUCACGCCGCUCCUGGGCCCCAAGGCGAGGGAUGGCGCAGGGCAGGCGGUGGGGGCCACGGCCUGGCGCUGGGCGGCCAACAAGAUCGGCAGCCACAUAUACGUGGCUCAAGCAGCCAGGGCGAAGCGCCCAGACCCAAUCCGAGUGGCAUGGCUACGCGAGUGCCUCAACAAGGCGUUGCACCGAGGGCGACACCGCCUGCGGCAGCUCAGGGCCACGGGACAGUGGCUGGACCACCUCCUCUUCGACGUCGAGCACUGGAGGCUGCGCGAGGAUGGCGCUGAGGAGCGGCUCACCGCAGUCAUGGAGAUACGACGAUGGCUCCUUAAGCAGGCCAACAAGAUAGUGAGUGCGGUGGCUCAGGAGAGGGCCAAAGCGUGGAGGGGUCGCCUCAAGGAUGGCAGCAAGGGUGCAGCAGGCUUCCUGCACCGCAUGGCACGCUGGCGCCAUGCCGAGCGGCCCCCCGCGCCCAUUGCGAACUACAAGAAGGACGAAAUUGAGUUGCUUGACGGGCAGACGCUGGUGGAUGGGCAUGCCCACCAGUGGUACCAGCUCUGGGCAUCGCACGGGGCCGACAGCAGGGGAGAGCAUGACCGACCUUGGGAAGGACGAGUCUUCCCUGCACCACUCGUCAGAGUAUUGGCCGAUCGGUUCAGGGAGGCAGCCAGGCUGUUCAAGACGCGCAUUGGCAUAGGCCCGGACUGGUGGCACCCGAGAUGGUGGACGUGGCUAUCGUCGGAAGGCAUCCAGGCACUGGUCGACCUCGCAGAGUACAUACUCCGCCAUCUUCAUUGGCCCACCCAGGUAGAGCUGCUGGCCUAUUUCCUGGUGCCGAAGCCGCACGAGGAUGGGCGACGCCCGCUGGUCCUCUUGUGCUCCCUGGUUAGAGUGGUGGAAACGUUGAUGGCAGAUGAGUAUCGCAAAUGGGAAGAGAUAGUUGCACGGCCCUAUGACUGGGCUAGCAGAGGCAAAGGUGCUGAGGGCGCGAUGUGGGACCUCAUGCUCAGGGACGAGAGCUGCCCAGAGGACCACAUCAACGCAGCAGUGGUGAAGGACUUGUCCAAGGCGUUCGAGCACGUCACCAUGAGGCGCCUGUGGGAGCACGGGCGCAAGCUGGAGAUGCCAGAGCAGGUGCUCCACUUCAUGAUCUCGAUCUUCACUAUGGAGAGGGUGGUCACGCUGGAUGGUAUGGUGGCUUCUACACGGAUGCGAACGUGGUCGGCAGCGGCUGCAGGCAGUCGUGGUGGUAUACGGGCGCUCAAGUGCUUCACCAUCAUCUUGUUGGACAUGGUCAACGCCAGGUGCGUCAAGCUCUACGUCGACGACGCCACGCUCCACCUGCAGGGCGAGCGGGAGGCGGUGGUGCACGAGGCGAAGGGGUCUGCGAUGGCCUCCCUCUGUCGCUUCACCACGCACAAGAACGGCGUCACAAAGAAGGGCAAGAGCUAUGUCUACACGGCAGACAAGCAGGCUAAGGCCAAGUUCAAGCUCUGGGCGAAGGACUGGGGCCUGGAGAUCCAAGAUGAGGGCGUGCAGCUGGGCGUGGACUUCACGGGCGGUGUUGUUGCACAGCGGCGGCCCAAGCAGCGGGAGCGUGUAGGGGUCAUGGUCACGAGGGGGACCAAGCUGAGCAUCCUUAAGAAGCAGGGCGCCAGCUUUGGCACGGUGGUAUGGAGUCGGGCCAUGGACGAGGAUGCUAUGGUCGCGGCAUGGAGGAAGGCGUCAGCGCGGCUGGCCACGACAGGCACGGUGGCAUGGUCGGCAGUCAGAGACCCUGCAGAGGCAGUCUUGAGGACCCUGCGCGACCUCGGCUGGUCAUGGCCUGCGCCGUGGACGCUGCUCACACCAGCGGGCGACCAGGUGUCAUUGCACACGGUGGCGCCUAAGACGGUCAGGUACAAGCUGGAGAGGGCCAUCGAGCGGCGGGUCCGCGCGAAGUGUGCCACAGAGAAGGGCAUCGCCGAGGAGGUGCAGAUGUCGUUUUUGGAGCCGGUGAGGGCGCUGCUCAAGAAGCGCAGGUGGGCUGCGCAUCAAGGCGCCAUCAAGGCCUACGUGGGGCAGGACUACUGCACGCAGGCCAAGCUCCAGCAGCGCGGCACGGUAGCCGACGGCAUGUGCCAGCAGCGCAGGCGCGCGCUAGGCACUCAGAGGCACCGCUUCGGGCGUUGCGAGGCCCACGAGGAGAGCAGGGCCAAGCUCGCAGACAAGCAUGCGGGCAUCGCGCAGCGCAUGGCGGGCUCAGGCGAGAGCUUGCAGCUCAACUGCGGCCUGGUGGCGCACCCCAUCCAUGACGUAGAGGGCGACACCCAGAUCGAGCAGUACCAUUCGGUCAACGCAGAGGGCGACGACGUCAGCGAGGACGACGUCGGGCCGUUCAUCUCGGGGGUCUGCUUCACUGACGGCUCGGGCAAAGGCGCCACUACGCUCAAGGGCUACGGCUGGGGCUACAUGUGGUUCGAGGAGCCAGCGGGCGAAGGUCAGUGCACGGCGCUUGGUGGAGCAUGCGGUAGCCUGCCAGGAGUGCGAGCUGAUCUGUCGGUGGGGCGUGCUGAGCUCCAGGCCAUCUAG